AAAGACACAAAUCGCCUCCCGGAGUGGCGCCUCCAGUCGCGGCAGAGCGCGGCGUUGGAGGUGGAUGGAGGGCGCGAGCGAGCGGCCGCGGCGGCUGCACCUGGCGGGGCGCUGAUGCAGCGCCUGGACCUUCGCUGCGCGACUUCGGGGGCGUCGGCCGAGUUGGCACUCCGCGAUGCAGCUCCUGAAGGCGCUCUGGGCACUCGCAGGGGCCGCGCUCUGCUGCUUCCUCGUCCUGGUGAUCCACGCGCAGUUCCUGAAAGAAGGUCAGCUGGCCGCUGGCACCUGUGAGAUUGUGACCCUGGACCGGGACAGCAGCCAGCCACGGAGGACCAUCGCCCGGCAGACGGCUCGCUGCGCAUGCAGAAAGGGGCAAAUCGCAGGCACCACGAGAGCGCGGCCCGCCUGUGUGGAUGCGCGCAUCAUCAAGACAAAGCAGUGGUGUGAGAUGCUGCCCUGCCUGGAGGGGGAAGGCUGCGACCUGCUGAUCAACCGGUCAGGCUGGACGUGCACACAGCCCGGCGGGCGGAUAAAGACCACCACGGUCUCCUGACGAACACAGCCCUCAGGGGCCCCAGGAGUGGUCUUGGCUCCCUGGACAGUCCACACCUCGACCCCGGCCCUCAGCCCUCGGUGGACUUCGCCUGUUCCCUGCAUCCAGCCACUGUUUCCCGCGGCCCCUCAAGGACAGCCUCUGUCCUCAGCAUUCUGAGCCUGACCUGCCGAACCCAGGAGGGCCGGACGUGGACGCAGAGGUGGAGGCGCUGGGCACAAGC